AUGUAAGAUAUUUCAUACAUAGGUCACCUUACUCUUAUUUGGGGGUUUCACAAAGUACCAGUCCUGCUAUUCUAUUUUUUCCCAGUGUUUUCUGAGGUAGCCCCAAAUCUUCACUUAGUAGUUGGAGGACACUUACACCAAAGGACACGCACGCUCACACACAUACAGAGUCGUCCUCCAGAGGUGCAGCAGCAACCCGCACACCACCACACUGUUUCUAUGUAUGUGCCGGCUCAGUGCAGACAGAGGUUGUAAACAUGGCGGCGGACGGGAUGGUGCUCACCAACCACGACCAUCAGACCCGAGUAGGGAUUCUGACGGUCAGUGACAGCUGUUUCAAGAACUUGGCUGAGGACAGGAGUGGAGUCAACCUGAAGGACCUGGUCCAUGAUCCCUCACUGCUAGGAGGAGUCAUAGCAGCCUACAAGAUCGUUCCAGAUGAGAUUGAUGAAAUCAAGGACACUCUGUUGGAGUGGUGCGAUGAACAGCAGCUGAAUCUCAUUCUCACCACCGGAGGAACUGGCUUUGCACCACGAGAUGUUACACCUGAGGCCACCAGAGAGGUGAUAGAGCGAGAGGCUCCGGGUAUGGCUCUUGCCAUGCUGAUGGGAUCGCUCAAUGUUACACCACUCGGCAUGCUGUCCAGGCCAGUCUGUGGUAUCCGUGGUAAAACCCUGAUCAUCAACCUGCCAGGGAGCAAGAAGGGCUCUCAGGAGUGUUUUCAGUUCAUCCUGCCCGCUCUGCCCCAUGCCAUCGACCUGCUGCGUGAAGCCACAGUCAGGGUUAAAUCCACACACACCGCCCUGGAGCAGCUGCCCUCCCCUUCUCCUCUGUUGGCCAACACGCACAUCAACACGCACACCAACACGCACACCAUGGAGCGUGGCACCCAGUGCGAGGAAGAGGAGGACGAGGAGGAGGACAGGAGGAGAGGUCGGCAUGUGCACAACCACCACCAUCACCAGCACAGCUCCUCCCACAUCACCGCAGCUGCUAUCGCUGCCAAGACAAGCCAUGCUGUGGUCAUGGCUAAGGGGGGUCCCUACCUGCCUGGCAACACACCCGACCCGCCCACUCAUUUCACCUGCUCCUGUACCCAUGACCAGCAGAUCCCGGACUCUAUCAUUUCUCGAGGCGUUCAGGUGCUUCCUCGAGAUUCAGCCUCUUUAAGCUCCACCCCUUCCGAGUCACCACGGGCAACACAGGCGACCUCCCGCCUUUCCACCGCCUCAUGCCCGACACCCAAGGUUCAGUCACGAUGUGGCAGUAAUGAGAACAUUCUGAGAGCCAGCCACAGUGCGGUGGACAUCAGUAAAGUGGCACGUCGUCAUCGCAUGUCUCCUUUCCCAUUGACGUCAAUGGACAAAGCCUUCAUCACUGUUCUAGAGAUGACACCUAUUCUGGGAAUUGAAGUCAUUAACUACAGAGAGGGAAAAAUAAUUAGGAGAAAUCAACUCCAGAUGGACCAAAUGUUCCUAACUGUCCAAAUCUGCUCAUACCCAGACGGUUUGGGUCGAGUGCUCGCUCAGGACAUCUAUGCCAAAGACAACCUUCCUCCAUUCCCUGCUUCCGUUAAAGAUGGCUACGCUGUACGAGCUGCUGACGGCCCGGGAGAUCGCUUCAUCAUGGGAGAAUCACAGGCCGGACAACAGCCCACCCAUACAGUGAUGCCAGGUCAGGUGAUGAGGGUGACAACCGGGGCUCCGAUUCCUUGUGGAGCCGACGCAGUGGUCCAGGUGGAAGAUACAGAGCUUCUGAGGGAGUCUGAGGAUGGCACAGAGGAACUGGAGGUGAGGAUUAUGGUCCAGGCCCGUCCCGGACAGGACAUCAGGCCAAUAGGUCAUGACAUCAGGCGAGGGGAGUGUGUGUUGGCUAAAGGGACACAUAUGGGCCCGUCAGAGAUCGGCCUGCUGGCUACAGUGGGAGUGACUGAGGUCAGCGUGCACAAGUUCCCUGUGGUGGCCGUCAUGUCCACUGGAAACGAGCUGUUGAAUCCAGAGGAUGACCUCCACCCAGGGAAAAUCCGAGACUCCAACCGCUCAACUCUGCUGUCCACUAUCCAGGAACACGGAUAUCCCACCAUCAACUUGGGCAUCGUUGGAGACAACCCUGAUGACUUGCUGUCAGCUCUCCAUGAGGGAAUCAGUCGCGCCGAUGUCAUCAUCACCUCAGGGGGUGUGUCCAUGGGAGAGAAGGACUACCUAAAGCAGGUGCUGGAUAUUGACCUUCAUGCUCAGAUCCACUUUGGACGAGUCUUCAUGAAGCCAGGUCUUCCUACUACCUUUGCCACAGUUGACAUUGAUGGAGCACGGAAACUCAUCUUUGCUCUGCCAGGUAACCCAGUGUCUGCAGUGGUGACAUGUAACCUGUUUGUGAUUCCUGCUCUGAGGAAGAUGCAAGGCAUACUGGACCCUAGACCUACAAUUAUUAAAGCUAGGCUUUCCUGUGACGUGAAGCUGGAUCCCAGACCAGAGUACCACCGCUGUAUUCUCACCUGGCAUCACCAGGAGCCACUGCCCUGGGCACAAAGCACAGGCAACCAGGUAUCCAGCAGGCUAAUGUCAAUGCGUAGCGCCAACGGUCUGCUGAUGUUGCCUCCGAAAACAGAGCAGUACGUGGAGCUGCAUAAGGGAGAGGUUGUGGACGUCAUGGUCAUCGGACGGCUAUGAUGCAGACUUCAAUGUCACUCGCUACCGAUUACCAUGGCAGUGCCAGGACUUCCUGUCUGGACAGGAAACGGGCGGGGGCAGGAAAUGAUGCAUGUCUACCUGGUCACCAUUAGCUGUGAUGUCAUAUGCAACAGCCAAUCGGAGCCAGCGGAGGCUGAAACCUCAUUGGUCUGCUCUGAGGAGAUCACUGUAUUUCAAUGGAGAAAAAAUGUGAAAAAAAAUAUAAAAUAUGAGAUUUAUUCUGUAAUAUUAUUAUUAUUAUCCUGAUGAUAAUGAUUAUUAAUAUUCUUAAUUAAUAUUCUAUUUAUUAUUAUUAUCAUGGUUCUGAUUGAAUAUUAUCAUCUUAGUAGUAAUCAUGCCCUCUUCUCUCUUGUUCAUUUGCUUUGUGCUUUCGACAUUUUUCCCUGGUAGAUAUAGAGAUAUAGAGACUUGUCCUCCUUCCUCCACUCCUCCUGACCUUUUUUCCUUUUCUCUCCCCCUUCUUUCUCUCUUCUUCCUCUUUUCUGCUCUGGCAUCCUCUACCCAAAUAUAGAAACUCCUUGAUACCCCCUCCCUGCAGUAUCACUACAUCUCUUCCUGAAACACACUGACCCUAACAUCAGUAUUGACAGAAAAUGAACUAAAGAUUUAUAAAAACAUCUUUUGAUUGAAGCUGCUGAUAUAGUUUGUGCCAGUUCAGUAAACAAUGACUUUUUUGCAAAAAAAAAAAAAAAAAAAAGGAUAUUUGUUUUUAUUUUUUUCUCUAGGUAUAACAUUUUCAAACCAUACUAAGACACUAAAACUCAUCAUGACUCUCAAUGAAAGCCAUGAAACUCUCUUAGGUGGGUCAGUGGCUUGGCUUUAAGGCAGGGUGAGGCACGACUCAUUGACUGAAAUCCUCACCACACUGGGAUGAUUUCUGUGGUCUGACAUCAGAUAUAAUCGUAAUUGUUAUAAUAAAAUACAUAAUGAUUUCUAAGAUCUGUAGUCAGGGAGGAACUUCCAUCCCAGGUGGGCCACAUAAACAGUAUUGGUAUAACCCCAACCCUGCACUCAAGUGGUGUUUGAUUUACACGAGUGUAUAGUUUACACCAUAAAACAUACAGUACAGAAUUGAAAUAGUCUUUCAUAAAUGCGGUAUUUGCAUUUUUACAGCUAUUAGAGGAUAUUGCGAUAUUUUGUGUUUUUCUUUUAUCAACAAAUCCCAUAAAAUGACCAAUAAUAAUAUCUCUUUUAACUAAAUCUGCCUACCAACACAGAUUGGCAUUUUUAUACUUAAAUUUUUGAACAAAUUAGACAACCAAUAUAAAGCCCCUCCCUCACUGGACAAAAAACCAUUAGCAUUUGGCUUUUGUCUUUAGUGGGAAAGGUUACAAAAUGCCUUUAUUCACGUGACAAACUACUCUGCAGUAGUCAUGGGAAUUUAUCAGCUUGUACAGGCAACGAUGGAUAUACGGGUGAACAUGCUCAUUUUUGCCCCUUUUGCGGAGCGAUGCAACGAUGAGCUGCCACAAAUUUCGUCCGUUUCUGUCCAAGCAUUGCUGGAACAUCUUUUCAGAUUUGAUCACUACGAAGUUUGAAAGAGACUUAAUGAGUAACAGAAACAAACAAACAAAAAAAAAAAGCAACCGCUGUAACAUUUUCACCGGCCUCCAUGCUGCUUUCUAUUGUGUGUGAACCUGUUUUUUGGUGCAUCUGUGAGGUUGAACGUAACACACAAAAAAAGGCAUACUCGUCUGCUGGCUCUGGUCUACUGGCAACGGCAAAGGAGUCUUAGCCUAUUUUAGCAGGUUUUCCCACAUUUAAAAAACUUGCAUAUACACUAAUUUUGAUGGGCAAAGGGUAUUCAUGAGCUUUAGAGACGCUGGAUUGUGUUGUCUUCAGACAGAGCCACGCAAGCUGUUUCCUCUUGUUUCCAGUCCUAAUGCUAAGCUAAGCUAACCGGCUGCCGGCUUCAGCUUCAUAUUUAGUGACAGAUGUGAAAGUGGUAGAAAGAGCUUCAUGUUAAAAGAUCUGUCUUUUUUUUUAAUCUAACUUUGAUAGGAUUCUUUACCAAAAAAUCAAACUUUUCCUUAAAAAGUUCCAAGUAAAAAAAAAAGGCUGAGUAAUCUCAUAAAACAGCUGGGCCUUAUAUUUUUAGCAAGCACUGCAUAGUUGUGGGGAACUAUUUUUAGCCACGGAUUAUUAUACAUAUGGUGCGUAUUUGAGUAUUUGGAGUAGCAGAAGGUAUAUGUCAGACCUGGAAGUUUAAAUUAAAUGCCUGAAAAGGCUUUCAGGUCAAAUGGAUUGCACUGUACUGAUAGAAAAUAAUGAAUACUAUCAUAAAUAUCUUUAAAGCGCUGAACAAUUUGAUGUCUGAAUGGUAAAUCAUUAAGUUUACAUAACUAAAAUACUUAAGUACAGCAGAACAAGCAUAUUUGUGUGGAAUCAUUACGAAAUUACCUCAACUUGUCUUCUUCAAUUGAGUCAACUUAAAAUUUUACAGCAGCCUCGAUACUAACUUUUUAAAGUUAAAACAGUUUUCUUUUGCAGUGUAUGUGGGAUUUAGUCCAGAUCAACAACAGUGUGUGUGUGUGUUUACGGUAAUGGAGGAACAUGUCACCCAGUGCAACAGUGUGGCUCUUUGAUGUGUUUUCAAUAGCCUUUGGACAACAAUUGCGUUCUGUGGCACAGAGGAAGAAGCUUUGAUACACACACAGCACUUAUUGGAAUGAUCAGAUCACCGGGUCUUUUUGUGUGAUUUGUUGACAGUAAGAAAAAUCUAGAAUAUCAUCAGAUUAUUCUUUAAGUAGCCAAAGAUGAAUAACUAUACCUAACCGACAGCUGGUCUCAAAAGGCUGGCUUCCGGCUGCCCCCAUUUCUUUUCAUACCACACAAACAUGAACGAAAGAGUCGCUUGAGUGAGUUGUGACAUACUGUUUUCCCAACUCAGAGAAAACUCCGACCCGACAUCACUUGAAAGCAGGGUGUCGCGUUCAGGUGCUCGUAAACUACACAACUGGUGUAUUUCUACCAUGACAGUGUUAAGGUGCUUGUUAAAGUCAAAAGAAUCAACACAGUUCAAGGCUGUAAAAUAAACGACAUCAUUUGACUGCUUUUCUCUCAAUGUACUGUACAUAGUCUGAGCAACACUGAGAUAUAAAGAAGACCUUGUUUGAUAGUUAGCCCACAAAAAAAAAAAAAGAAGAAGCUUAGUUUAUUAUUAGCAUUAACAAGGUAGUAGGCUGGUUGGCUGCUGUAUCCUGCUGAUUCAACACUGAAACUUAAAUUGUUUACCAAUUAACAAGGACCGUCCAAAUGCAUCAUAUGCAAUCUGUGAGUCCCAAGCAUUCACCAAUGCACCAUACCUUAACUCCUCUAGUUCCUCAUAUUCUUCCUAUCAGUGUAAUCAGUGCCAAACAAACCCACUCGGUCAAAGGUGGAAUGCUGCGUUCAGGUCAUAUUGGAAUAAUGGUACAAAACUCUGGUACUUAUUUGAAUUUAUUGGUACUAAAGAUGACAUCAUAGGUGUUUUUCCCUUGCUGCUGAUAGUCUUCAUGCUUCAGUUAACCCCACAGAUGUCAAGUGUUAACUUCCGGAUCCGAAGCUCAUGUCUACGAUCUUUCCUCUUUGACCUUAAUGCAGCACCAGUCACAACUUCUGAGCUUUGACCCCUCUUCUGAUAGGCUGAUGCAGUCUUCCUCCACCCCUCCCCUCGUUCCUCCCUCUCUUCUUCAUCUUCCUUUUUUCCUCCCCUCCCUCUCCACACUUGCAUGCCCAUAAAAGGGGGCGUGUCAUUCUCUUUGGGCAGGUUUCAUUCCAGGCAUGAGACGAGGGGUGCAGCACCUGGGCGGGACUUCUGAUCUGACUAAAUGUUACAUUCAUGGCAGUUCUCGAUGCGAUUUUUGGCACGUGAGAGGAGUUUUCAAAGUCCAAGCUUUGGUACCAACACUGUCUUCUCAUAUAUUCCUCUAGCUCAGAUGUCAGAAACUUCCCAGUUACCUCAAAUGCACCAUAUAUCUAUCAAUGGCUCAUGCUGGGUUCAUGUCAUGUUAGACGAGGAAGAACAGGGUGACUUUAUUGUAAUAGUUUAAAGGCAGACAUUUAUUCGCUAUAAGGACCACAUCCAAAUUAUGUUGUUGUUUUUUUUUUAAAAAAAGUAUUCAAUUAAAAUGCUUCCCACAUUUUUUAGGCAGGUCAUAAUUACGCUAAACCCAUUAUGACAUGAACACAGCAUCAGAGCAAGUCCUGGCACCUGCCCAAGGAGGACCAAUCAAACCCAGAUAGAUCCAUUUGAGUAAGAAGAAGCAGGUUAUUGUUAAACUGCCUUUGUACUGAGUGAUUCGUAACACUGGACUGAACUCAGUGUCACACUGCACACACUAUAAACUAUGACCAGCACUUGUAAUGAAGCAAUGACACAGCAUUCUACUACUACUGUAUAAAUAUAAUGAAGAGGAUGUUUUUUUCUGUAAUGAUAUUAUUGAAACUGAAGAUGAAUUAAUAAAAAUAAUCCUGAUUAUUCUGUA